AUGGCAGAUGUAUCUACAACGACAUGUCAGCCAACCUUUUCUAGGGAGCAAUUGGUUGAGUACUUUAGCCGGCUCUAUCAAUGCAAGCCCGGCGACGGAGAGAAGAAGCUGAAAGACGUUGAACUGCUAGUCAUUUCUGAUCCUCGAGAAGCACUGUUCACUCUCCAGCGUCGGCAUUUGGUGACGUUCCCAUUCUCAAACUUGGUCCUACAUUAUUCUCAACACCAUUCAAUAUCGCUCGAUCCAGAUGUGCUGUACCAUAAGAUAGUGGAAAGAGGACUUGGUGGUUACUGUGUGGAAAACACCGGGCUUUUUUCAAUCGUGCUUCGGACCCUUGGGUUCAAGUUCUACCCUGGAGGAGCAAGGGUUUCAAAGAGUCUAUCUCCUGGACCUGCGAAUGCCGAGUUUCAUGGAUUAUAUACUAAGCGGAGAACAAAGGUGGAUGUUGGAUUUGGGCCCCAGGGACCUACGCAGCCUUUGCUGCUGAAAGAAGAGCAACCAGUUCUACCUGGUGUUGUCCAGAUGAGCUUGAUUCGAAAGAAUCUGAGUAUAAACACUGAUCCAGACCAGCAGCCAUGGCUAUAUCGAUUCCGCAAGGACUCUGACAGCGAGUGGGUGAUGGCUUAUUGUUUCUACGAAAUCGAGUUCACACCUGAAGACUAUGAGAUCAUGAAUUAUUGGACCAGCGUGCAUCCAGCAAGUGGCUUUACCCAGGGGAUCAUCUUUACGAAAUUCACCCUCAACGAAGCAGAGGAUGGUAUCGACGGAGCCUUGAUGCUCCUUAAGAACAUAGUCAAGAGAAACCAAAAGGGAAACGUUGAAAUUCUGAAAACUCUAGAAAGCGAGGAGGAACGCGUUGCUGCGCUGAAAGAUUUCUUUAAUGUACAUCUCCUGCCGAUGGAGAUCCGCGGCAUUCGCGGAAGGAGCACCGAGAUCAAACAAGUCUCCGAUGAUUGA